CCUGGGAGCGGAAGUGCAGGGCUCGCCGGAAGUAGCCGGCAUCCCUGACGGAGGACGGGCUCACCGUGUUUGACAGGAGCCGGAGCUGCUUCAAGGAGUUAGUGGUCAUGGAGUUGGGCGAGCUGCUCUACAAUAAGUCCGAGUACAUUGAGACGGCGUCUGGGAACAAAGUUAGUCGCCAGUCAGUGUUGUGUGGAAGUCAGAACAUCGUUCUCAAUGGCAAGACCAUUGUGAUGAAUGACUGUAUUAUCCGAGGGGAUCUGGCAAAUGUAAGAGUUGGACGUCAUUGUGUUGUGAAAAGUCGUAGUGUAAUAAGGCCACCAUUCAAGAAAUUCAGCAAAGGUGUUGCAUUCUUCCCUUUACACAUCGGGGACCAUGUUUUUAUUGAGGAAGAUUGUGUGGUCAAUGCAGCUCAGAUUGGCUCUUACGUUCAUGUUGGCAAGAACUGUGUGAUUGGGCGUCGGUGCGUGUUGAAAGACUGCUGCAAAAUUCUUGACAACACAGUAUUACCCCCAGAAACUGUGGUCCCACCGUUCACUGUCUUCUCAGGCUGCCCAGGACUCUUCUCAGGGGAGCUUCCAGAAUGUACCCAGGAGCUGAUGAUUGACGUCACCAAGAGCUACUACCAGAAGUUUUUGCCCUUGACACAGGUCUAAUGGACCUUUGGCGUUCACUAGAAGGAGGAUCCUCAGCACCCAGAUUUUAUUUUUGCAAAGUCCCAGGUUUGAGUCUCCCAUGUGGAUGGACUAGACUGGCAGCUACUGCUUGCCUCAGGCAUUUGGGGACAGCAGUAUAUAUCUUCUUCAUUGAAGACGUAGCAUUUAUGACACUUGUUCCCUGGCCUAGAACCAUUUGACCCACCCUGUAUUUUCCGUAAACCUCCCAGUUCAGAUCAAAAUGUCUGUACUUGGGCUCAAUCACAUGUACACACAGGCACCUCUUAGAGCCACUGUGGCACAGAGUGCGGAGCAGUCAGUGGAGUUGCCAGUGCCAUUCUUGCAGUCUUCUGGGUAACAGUACAACCCUCCCUGCUUCUGCUCUGCCUCUUGGUUUCGAAGGAAGGUUUAGAAGUGAAGUCCUGAGAAUGUUGGCCUUGUUACUGCUCUGAGUCUUCUGUGAGGAGGGUGGAACAGUUCGGCCUUGGAGGUUAGGCUCUCGCAGGUGCUGGAGGGAUUCAAUAUCCGGUGGUGGGAUUGACAACUAUAUGUAUUUAUCUCCACGCAUUCGAUGUAAAACUGCUUUCUGGUUUGUCAUUUUUUUUUAUGUUUGUACAUUAAAAGAUGGACAACCAAACAAGUCAUUUGAAGGUGAUCACUCUUUCCCUUCAGUGAUGGCUACCUCUAUUCUUCAGGCACUUUAUGACAUGCCUGGUGCCU